AUGGCACUUGCAAGCAAUUCAUUUAUGGGGGUUGCCAGGGCAACGAAAACAACUUUGAGACGCCGGAGGCAUGCCAAACUGCAUGUGGCAAACCUACUGAUGUCUGUUUGCUGGGGAAAGAUACGGGGCCAUGCAGGGCCGCCAUUCCAAGAUACUAUUACGACGCACAGUCGAAGAGGUGUAAGAGGUUCAUCUAUGGUGGCUGCCAGGGAAAUGGCAACAACUUCGAGACAAGAAGAGAGUGCAGGAGAACCUGUGCCAGGCGAGGUGAGCCCCCGUUGA